AUGGUUGACGUGGAACAAACUGAAGGUCAAGUCGAGACGAGACAAGAAGGCAAAGAGCAAGGAGCAAAGAGGAGGUUGGCGUGCAAGUCGAUCCUUCUUCCCUUGGUCCCCUCCUCUCUGUUUCUCUCUUUUCCCUCGUCCUUCUUUCUCGUCCAGCCGAGGCGGGUUCUCCUUCUCGAGCGCUUCUGUCGCAUAAGAGACACUCCUGGGAUUGGAUUGGAGGAGAGGGGUUGCGCCGGAUUUGAGAUUUGGGUUGACCACUCAGAUCGCUAUCGAACCGUUGCAGGGUCCCGCCCAACUGUGCGGUGUGAGCUGCAGGGCCAGGGUGCUUGUCUAAAGUAG